UAUAAGGAAACAUGGAUGUCCUUUAUGACAAUAGUUGUUACAAGUAACACAAUAAUUACCACAGCAAGAGAUCUACAAGCAAUAUAGAUAACAGAACCUGUGUUAAUAAGACAACUAACAGACCUAAAGGUGAAAUAACUUUUAAUCCAUUUCCAUAUAGUGGAAAAGUUAGGAAUUGACAAUAAUAAUGCAUGUUCCAAACUUGAUUCUUGCAUUGAUUUUAAAUUCUGAACUUGCUUAUGAAUUAUUGCUAUAUCAGUUUCCAUUUGUUGUGUUCAUUAAUCCAAACAGUAGAAGGAAUUCACUAACUUACAUGAUCCUUGUGAAGUAAGUUAAUCCAAAGCCAUUCUAUUAUCCAUACUACAAGUGGAGAAUUUCUACUUUUUUUGUAUAGUAUGCACAGCAUUGGUUAAUGCAUGAAAGGCCUACUCUACUUCAAUUAUACGUUCAAAAUAUCUUUUUGUAAUUCAUAGACCUCCAAAUUUAAUAGUAAAAAUUUUAAUGUAUUACUGUAUUGUAUUAACAAAGUUGUCUUCCUAUCAAAGGGUUCUCAAUACAUCUAGGAAAUCUCAAAUGUUGGGGACCAUUAAUUCAUAUGGAUAUACAUUUACUAAUAUGUUGUCCUUAGAGCUCUCCUCAAAAAUUCCCAAUUAACAUUUUAUUAGCAUGUUCUCCAUAUAUCUGACAGACACCUGGCUGCAAGAAAACAAUCUUUGUGAUGAUGUCCAAGACCUCAAUGGGUCACACACUUCCAGAAAAAAAGCUAUUCUGGUUUCUGAUCUUUCCCACAUCCUUCAUUACAAUCCUUGGCCAGAAUAGUUUUUUAAUCUGUUUCAGCUGAUAACAGGCUAUAAUUGGUGUAUUGAUUAACUUCCAGCUUGAUUGUAUAAUGUACAUGCGUAGGACUGCCAUUCUGCAUUACUCAGAAACCAACUGGUACAAAAUACUGCAGGUUAAUCCUAUAAAUGCCAGUUUCACCAGGUCUGAACUGUUAACAUUAAAUGUUUUACUUAAAUACUGCUGGUGAAGGAAAAAGGAUGCUGACCUCAGUACAUUAGGAGUGCUAUUCCUGCAAUAUCCAGCUGCUUUUAAGAACGUUGCCACUUGCUUAUUUUCCUUUCUUACCCUUCAUUCCUGAUUAAUCAUCUAAUAUCCGAUUUUCUCUCUCCCCAGUUUAGAUUGCAGGAGACAUCAUAAAUUCUUCAUGGAAUGCAUGUAUAAGAAUGAACUGGCAGGCUGCAAUAAUUAAACCUAAGUAGGGGUAGGAUGCUUCCUAAAGAAAAGCCAAGAGGUAGGAUGAUGGGGCAGAAAGACUUGGUGACUGGUGCUAUGUGUCACCCCGUUCCCCCCCCCCCCUUUCCCCUAUUAUCUCUGUAUCCCUCAUCAGUGCUGCAUUAAGCUCCUUCUGUCACCCCGGAUAGGGGGUGGGGAUGGGAAUGAAUGACUGAGCUAUCAUCACGUGUGUGCUAGCCUCCUAAAGAAAAACUGAUUGACCAAAGUGUUGUAUGAGGGAGGGAGUCUGACACGAAGAAGCGAGCUGGAAGUAACUCUCAGCUGGGGAAGGGCUUGCUGCAGAACUCCCUCUCCUCCGCUGAGGCACCCCCACCCCCGGGUCCCGGUAUCUAUCACUGCAUCCUUGCACGGUGCUGCCGCCAUGGCUUGGCCCUGCAUCAGCCGAGUAUGCUGCCUGGCGCGCUUCUGGAACCAGCUGGACAAGUCGGAUCUGGCCGUACCGCUCACCAUCCACAAUUAUUCCGACAUCGAAGAAGGGGCGGAAGCGGGCGGUGGAGGCAGCCCUCAGCAGCCUCGGAUCCCGUCAGGAGGUACCGCCAGCAGCCGACCCCAGCCGCCUCCGCGGGCAGCCUCUGCCCUGCCGGCGUCCGCGUCCGCCCCCUCGUUGCGGGACAGCCUGGUCGUUGUCAAGAGGCCGUCGAAAAAAAGCGGGGGCAGGCACCGGAAGGAGCCCUUCGCCGCAGAGACUCAAUACCAGCAGGAUUUCCGAGCGUGGCCGCUGCAGAAGAGGGACACCCUGCCCUGCCUUGGGGAGUGCCGGAGAGCUGAGCCCACGCGGGCACCUCCGGCCGCGGGCGCCCCAGCCGCCUCUCCCCAUGCUGACAUCCUGGCAGGGUCUCGAGUGUACGUGCUGCCGGCGGCUAGGCAGGAGGAGAGCAAUAAGGAUGAUGGCUCCAGACAGGUGUGGCCUUCCUCCUCGCCUCCAGGUAUCGCCAGGACUUCUUACAGACAUGAACAUCACCCAUGGUCUGCAGCAAAACGAUCCAGGCCUACAAAGACAACACGGGGGUUCAUUAUUCCAGAAAAUCACUUUGUGCAAGAAUCUAGCUACAAGUCAGACUUUAAGGAGAAAUACUAUCAAACAAUGUAGGUCAGCUUUCUUCAACCAAUCAUUCUAUUCCAGAAGCAAAGACAAAGUUUUCUUCAAAUCCUUCUGCUGUUUUCCAGGCGCCAUCUCGCAUCCUUAGUAUAUGAAUCUGGUUCAUGAUCAUUUUCUGUUCAACCAGCUUAAGGUUGUGAAGAUGAACAGCUAUGCAACUUUGUAAGUGCUCGUGAGAUAAAAGUAAAGGAUUAUUAAAAUCAGACAUAGUAAUUAUCCGAAUUCAUGAAUCUAAUAUGAAUAUGUAAAUCAUAAAUACUUGAAUUUGAAUUGAAGACAGUCUAACUUACUGGAAAGAAUGACCUAGAUUCAGAGAAAUAUCCUCAUUACCAUUAGCUAGACUUGGCUCCCAUUUGAAACACUGACAAAAAGGCAAUACUUUAAGCAGUAUGCUGAUUCUUAAGUAAAAAAUACACUGUAUAAAAUGCAUCACUAAUUUUCCACUUUCAUUAAUUCAUAGUCAUUUUACUAAGUGGUCCCUAAAACAAUUUGGGUAGAUUUUGAAUUUUGUUACUUCUUUUCACUCACCUUUAAAUGAGUCUCAUACUUUUAAAGACAUUUUAAUGCCACAUUAUUGAGAAUCAUUAUAUUAAAGAGAAUGCUUAAAUCUGAGUUUUAUUUAAAUUACAAUUAUUUUGUAAAAGUAAUUAAAGCAUCAUAGCAAUGAAAGUGGAGUUGGGCUGAGUAGCUUUAUGUAUGUCCUUAAUCACCUCCCAAGUUAUUUAAACACAAGCACCCUACAGGGAUCAAUUCUUUUUUUAAUUUUUUCAUUUAAUUUCAUUAUUUCAUUUUUCAAAUUUUUAUACUGCUCAACUCCCAGAAACUCUAGGAAAUUCACAGGUUAAAAACAUGAAGAACAAUGAAAUAAUGCAUGAUAAAAACAAAGAACAAAAGAUAGAACAAACCCAACAACAGCAGAGCAAACCCACAUGACCCAAAAUGGGACUUCAAUAACAAAGCCAGUUUUUCAGGCAUUUCCAAAACAGUAGGAUGGAGGCCAUCCAGAUCUCUGGGGAGGGGAUCCUCAUUCCAGAGUGCAGGUGGUACAACAAAGAAGGUGCACUUUCAGAGUCCCAAUAGAGGGACUGGAUAUAGUGCUCCAGGUAGGUUCUGAUCAGGGAAGAGUAGAGGAAGCAACAAUUGCUUCCAGUCAAAUGUUGGCUGCUUUUUUGUGGUUCUGGAAGAAAAGGAAAAACGUCUUUUAGAGUCUUGAUACUAUUAGCCCAAUUAUAUACUUUCUUCAUAAAAUUUUAGCGUGUAUUGCUUCAAGAGGAUUGCUUGUCGAUAUUGGUUUGUUUUUUUUUUUUUUUGGUGAAGGUGUUCCCUUUACUUAUGGCUUUCUUAUAUCUUUGGUUCAUUUUUUUUCCUAGGCUGUUUUCCUGAGUCCUUUUGGUCAUGUGAGCCACAGUGCAAGCUCCUUUAUGGCUGUAUGACCAACAUGUAGCCCGUCUAUCACACUCACAUCAACACAUUCCCAGAUGAAAGUCUAGUUUUUACUGUGAAGUUUAAAAAGUGGGUAUGACUAAGAAGUAUUAAAAACCAUCCUGUUUCUUUUCUAAGCCAGAGAGACCCCUAAAUCAUGCUAUGAAAUGAAAGCUGGAUGUUUUAAAAGUGAGGUUGCUUUAUUUACUUAUGCUCUGCCCAUUAUACAGAAAAGGUUGUUUAUAUUAAUGUAUGCCAAAUAAGAAACACAGCUAAAAGUGCAACACACAGCCAGAGGAUCACGGCCUCAUCAAUGUUCCCUGAUUUAUGUACAUAGAAUUAACUGAUCUUUAACAAGCACACUUUUUUCUGGAAGUGGGUUUUUUCAGUCUUGAUAAUGUUUUCCUGAAGGCUCCAUUUCACUGAGAAUUCAGUUAUUAAAUUCUGGGAAGAAAACUUCUCAAAGGCAGUAGAGGCAACUGUAACUAGUAUUCACAUUUUCUUGGGGGCUAGUAGCCCUUACUAGUUUGGGUUAAGUAUUGAAUAUUGCACUAGGCCAGAUAUUAAAGCAAUGGCCAAGAUAAUUUGUUUAAUGUGUUUGUAAAUGUUGUAAAUAGGAAAAAUUAUGAUUUUCCAAAAUAAAAAUGUGCAUGCUUUAAUGUGAUUUUAUUUAACAUUCAUAGUUUUUGAGUAUGCAAACUAGAAAAUGAUUUGCCUUGAAAAAGCAAAAUUACUGCUUGUUGCUAAGGAAGUAUGUGUUAAAUAUGUUAUAGUAUAAUUUUCAGAGAGACAGUUUUACUUUUUCAUUAUUUUGGAAGAGCAUUUUUGUACAAUAUUGUAAUUUUUGCUUAGACAUUUUAAAUACAUUAGUUCUCAUUCAUCCCUAAUACUGCAUAUAUUUAAGACAGGGUUUAACAUAAUAACCACCCCAACUUAAUGCAUUGUUUCAUUUACCUUUGCAGAAGUUACAAUCAUAAUUUGUUGGUUUGAUUCCAGUAUACUUUUGUAAGCUUUUAAUGGGCACAUGAAAUUUCUCAUUUCAGCCCAGUGAUGUCCCAUUUCUGUGUAUGCAGCAUACAAGACCCUUGCGAAUUUUAUUCUGAAUAAUUCAUAUUUAACAUUUCCUAGUUUAAAAUGUGGCUAAUAACAUGCAGCCAAUCUUUCAAAUAAAAAACAGAAGUAAAAGUAAAGUAUUGUAUAAUUUGGAGAAAAUUGGCUGCAGCGAAUUGUUUUUUCAUGAAAAUUUUCUUAAUUGUAAUCAUUCAGCUAAGAUCUAAAAAGUUAUUUACAUUAUCAGAAAAAUCUUAAGGGUUAGGGUAUGUACUUGUUACAUUUUUUUCAUUCUUUGAAUAAGAGGCUCUCUUGCCUUCCAUUAGUGCCAUAUCAUAAACUGCUUUUGACAAUAUUUCAUGUAGCAAUCAUUUUUCCUUAUAGUAAAGGGCCUGCUGCUUGAGAAUUGUUGUUUCAAAAUCUCCUUGAGCAUGUCCACCCCCCACCCCCAGCCCCUGACUUUGGAACAAUCACAAUAAUAAGGUGCUUGUCUAGAAGGUAAAUGACAACAUUGUUCCUCCAGUAGUCUUAUGAGGCCAUUUUGCCAGAUGAAUCCAACAUGCUGAAAGAAUUAGGAGGAAUGGGAAGGUAAAAAAAUACGAUUUGUAGAAACAUGUUCCAAAUUGCAAUCCUUGCAUGUUGAAUGUUUCAAGGUGAAAUUGCUAUUAAUUUUGCUUGACUGAUCUAAUUUCUUUGAAUAUUAAUUGGUUUAAUUAUUUAUAAGCCUGACUUUUACUAAAUGGAGAAAAGAAAAUCACACUGCCUACUUGGUUACAAUUAUUUUAUUUCUUAUAAGAAAAAAUGUGGCAGAACAUGAUAUUUGUAUUUUAUGGAAUUAAAUAAUUUAUUAAAAUGUAUUUUUGUCUACA